CCGAUAAGGCAGACCGAGUUUUUCAUCUGGGUUGUGACUGCUCAUUUAGAAUCGGAAUCAGGUAACUCCUCGUACUAAUACAUCUUCUUCGGUUAACAGACGGGGAAGAAAAGGGCAGAAGCAUCUUCUUCCUGCCAAUAACUGCUGUAUGAAGGAUUAAUGGUUUUGGCUUGCAUCGGGUUGUGAGCAGACGUCUCUUGUUUUUCCGUUAGAAAUCCAGCAAGCGGCAUUAUCACUCACUGGGUGUCGCAAGAGCAAAGACUAAAUAAAUAACUAAUGGACUAGCAACUGCAGAGACAUUGGGAUAUAAUCCACCCAACCACAUUCAGUGAAUCUGACAUUCCAGGGGUAAUACCUCCACACACGCCUCUCACUGCAGGACCUUUCCUCAUCACCAUCACUGCCAUCUUUUUUGCAUUUUUAUCUGACAUAGACUGUAAACUCUGCAGCAUCAUGGUGGUUUUUAAUGGUAUGUUAAAGAUCCGAAUCAGGGAGGCACUGGACCUGAAACCCACUGCUUGGUCUUUGCGGCAUGCAGUGGGCUCACGGCCACAAACCUUCCUCCUUGACCCUUAUAUUGCACUCAACGUAGAUGACUCCCGCAUUGGACAAACCUCCACCAGGCAGAAGACAAACAGCCCCUCCUGGAAUGAUGAGUUUGUCACUGAUGUCUGCAAUGGCAGGAAGAUAGAGCUAGCAGUUUUUCAUGAUGCCCCAAUCGGCUAUGAUGACUUUGUGGCCAACUGCACUAUCCAGUUUGAAGACCUGCUGCAGAACGGUAGCCGCCACUAUGAGGACUGGAUUGACUUGGAACCAGAAGGAAAAGUUUUUGUAGUCAUUGAUCUUUCAGGAUCAUCAAGUGAAGCUCCCAAAGAAAAUGAAGAACGGGUAUUCAGAGAGCGAAUGCGACCUCGAAAAAGGCAGGGUGCUGUACGACGCAGGGUCCAUCAAGUUAAUGGUCAUAAAUUUAUGGCCACCUAUUUAAGACAGCCAACAUACUGCUCUCAUUGUCGAGACUUCAUUUGGGGUGUAAUAGGAAAACAAGGAUACCAAUGUCAAGUUUGUACAUGUGUGGUCCAUAAGCGGUGUCAUGAAAGUAUUAUAACAAAGUGUGCGGGCUUGAAACGUCAGGAAACUCACGAUGAGGUGGGUUCCCAGCGCUUCAGUGUCAACAUGCCCCACAAGUUCAGCAUUCACAACUACAAAGUGCCGACAUUUUGUGACCACUGCGGCUCGCUACUUUGGGGCCUUAUGAGACAAGGCUUACAGUGUAAAGUCUGCAAGAUGAAUGUGCAUAGACGCUGUGAAUCGAAUGUAGCGCCCAACUGUGGUGUGGAUGCCAGAGGUAUAGCAAAAGUGUUAGCGGACCUUGGAGUCACACCUGACAAGAUCACAAAUAGUGGUCAACGAAGGAAAAAGUUGGUUGCAGGUGCAGAAACUCAACAGACAGUCCCAGGAACAUCACCGUCUGAUGAUGACCGGUCAAAAUCAGCACCAACAUCUCCUUGUGAUCAGGAAAUAAAGGAACUUGAAAAUAUUAGGAAAGCACUGUCAUUCGAUAACAGAGGUGAAGAACACAAAUCAUCAGGAACAGCUUCUACAGAUCAUCAUAUAGAACAAAUGGGUGAAAACGGAGAAAAUGGAGAGGUUAAACAACUUCAGACAAAACGAACUGGCCUAGAAGACUUCAGCUUCAUUAAAGUAUUAGGAAAAGGCAGUUUCGGAAAGGUUAUGCUGGCCGAACUAAAAAGCACAGAUGAAGUCUACGCUGUAAAAGUCCUAAAGAAAGACGUCAUUCUUCAGGAUGAUGAUGUGGACUGUACAAUGACUGAAAAAAGAAUUUUAGCACUAGCGAGGAAACAUCCGUACCUUACACAACUUUAUUGCUGCUUUCAAACAAAGGACCGCCUCUUUUUUGUCAUGGAAUAUGUAAAUGGAGGAGAUCUGAUGUUUCAAAUUCAACGCUCAAGAAAGUUUGAUGAAGCUCGGUCACGAUUCUAUGCUGCAGAAGUCACAUCAGCUUUAAUGUUCCUUCACCAUCAUGGCGUCAUUUACAGGGACCUAAAGUUAGACAACAUCUUAUUAGAUGCUGAAGGCCAUUGUAAAUUAGCAGAUUUUGGAAUGUGUAAAGAAGGCAUUCUGAACGGAGUGACGACUACAACAUUCUGUGGCACACCAGAUUAUAUUGCUCCUGAGAUCCUGCAGGAGUUGGAGUAUGGCCCUUCUGUCGAUUGGUGGGCCCUGGGAGUCCUUAUGUAUGAGAUGAUGGCUGGCCAGCCCCCUUUUGAGGCAGAUAAUGAAGACGACUUGUUUGAAUCCAUUCUACACGAUGAUGUUUUAUAUCCAGUCUGGCUCAGCAAGGAAGCUGUUAGCAUAUUAAAAGCGUUCAUGACAAAGAGCCCUAGUAAGCGUUUAGGCUGUGUGAUGGCCCAAGGUGGGGAAGAUGCCAUUAAACAGCACGCAUUUUUCAAGGAGAUUGACUGGGACCUCCUGGAACAAAGGAAAAUCAAGCCUCCCUUCAAACCCCGUAUUAAAACCAAAAGAGAUGUGAAUAACUUUGAUCAGGACUUCACCCGGGAGGAGCCAGUAUUGACACCAGUUGAGGAUGCCAUUGUCAAACAGAUCAACCAAGCAGAGUUUGCAGGGUUCUCAUACUUUGGAGAAGAGCCGUUGCCCUGAAACAAACUGAGGACUGACAACUCAUGUCAUUGCUGCUGCUGUCCUGCAGGGUCAAAAGCCAGACCAAGACAUCAGGCCGGUCACAUACUGAUUCCAUCACAUGAGCCCAUACCCAGACCUUUUUUUUUUUUUAUGUUUAUUUUAUUUGUCUGCAUUAUUUUGAAGACACUCCAUUUUUGUUUCUCUGAUAAAAUCAAAUGCACUCAGUUCUGUAUUAUUGCCACCAGCUGUAACGCACUGCUGUGCUUGGGUGAACUGUGAAAUGCUAUUCUGUUUUUGUUGCCACUUGUCAUGGGCUGGCCAAGUACAACACAUGUAAGAAUGGUGCAGUUUUAAUUUAAUUACAUAGUUACUUUAACACACAGCUGUUCCAAAUAUAUCUGUUUUCUAAGCUGAAACUAAUUCUAUAGCUACUAUAUCAUUUUAUCUACUGUUGUAGAAGUUCACAAUAAGUGUCCAGAUUUAAAGAUGACUUGCUUAGAGAUAGAAAUUUGAAUUCUGAAGCACCUUAUAAAUGAAAAUAUUCGUGAAACGAAGAUAGAAAUAGCAACUGACUGAUGGGUGGGACCCCAUCGGAGAUGCACAGUGCGGAACUUUAUGUUGUCUCCUGUACGUUGUCCAUAGUUAGACCCGUAUGUUAUGUACUGCAGCUAUGGGGUGACUUCACAGAUUGAGUCUGGCUGCUGGUUAGAAGAAGCAGAAAGUUAACACUGCCUACUGACAGUAUCACUGUUUUUCACAUAAAGAGGCAUUGGAAUUAGCAGUGGGCCACCACCCCAUGCAUCCUGCCCGAGUUACAUGUGUGGGUUUUGAAACUGGCAGCAGUCACUAAAGAGCGUGAAAUAUGGGGAGACAGUACAAACUGGGCUGCAGGAAACCCAGUACUGGACUUCUUUCUGCCUUUUAGUGGUACAUCUUGCUCACAGAUUGUCAUGAAUAGUUGGUGGCUAAGAUUAAAAAUCAUGUUGCAAAUCGCAAUACAAAAUCAUCAAAGGAUUUCUGUCUUCCUAUUAACUGGUUUCUGAAAAUAGUGUGUGACACUUUAAAAAAGAGUUAUACCUUUUUAUGGAUAAAGAAGGGGGGCUGGAAGAUUUUCUUUGAGACCAAAAAAUCAUUAAGGUCUGAUUGCAGCAAUUUACUGCAUAUAGUUUAAUUUAUAUAAGAUGUACAAGACCACAUUUUGUUGUCCAUUUGCUUGGUUUUUCCAAAUUAACAGCUUUGACUUACUGGAUUUGACAUUUCUUGCAGUGCAUUCUGCAAAAUCUGUUUCUCGGUUACAGCAGGGUGUUACUUUUAUAGACUUUAAAAGUUGAUAUUACUAAUGUUGCCAUAGGAAUUUAAAACGUAGAUGCCUAUAGAACAGUAAGGUUAGGAAAACGCAACAAAAUGUGUGCAGUGUACAAAAUACAUUUGUGAGAGCAGCACAUUUUAGGUGGAAGGUAUGCCUUGUCUCUCCUGACAAGAGUGACUGGCAAUAGUCCUAAUGACAAGUUGGAUGCAUAUGAUGUGUAUGAAUGUGCAUAUACAUCUGUAUUUAUAGGUAUAUUUACUAUAGGUAGUAUAUAUAUUGAUAUAUACACAUGCACAUGUAUUCAUGUACGUCUUUGUACAUACAUAUUCACAGUGUUACAGUUAGGUCAUUUUAUUACCAGUAUGUUUUGUGAAUACUUGUGAUCACAAGAUACCGAUGUAAUUUUUAUGGUUAUAAAUACUACUUUAUUAUUAUUAUUAUUAUUAUUUACAGGACUAAAAAAGAUAGCUGUUCUGGGGGUCCAUUUGCUAGAUGCACUUGGAUUUCCCCAUUGCACACAAUGACAUUACAUUUGUGAGUGGCAAAGUAGCACUGAAUGAGCUCUUUUGCCUUUUGUACAGA